AUGUUUCUUCUCACUGCUAACGUUCUUCUUAUCAUUUUAGGAUAUGUGGAUGCGUGUGUUCCUACGCAAAACGUGGUUCAUACAUGUUCUGCAUGCGCACCAAUCUACGAUGCGACGUGUCAAGGAGAAAACCUACCCAGUUCAUCAAUGUACUGCUUGACGGAUGAUGAAGUUCCGGUAACUUACACCCGCGGCUUUUGCUCAACACCUUGUCUUUCUCCAGAUGCUUGCAUGUUAUCAUUGGAUUGUCCGUCGGGAACCGCUGCUAGAAUAGAUAGUGGAUCAGGAGAUAUGAACGGUAAUUCGGAUGGCUCUGCAACAUUUCUUUAUUGCGAUGAGGGUACAGGCAGCUGGAACGCGAUUAUUGAUGGAAGUACAACCAGUCCCAUACUGAAGGUUGCAUGCAGAUAUCCAUAG